AUGGAGAAGAACAAGUUGGCCUUGUUGUCAGAUACUCAUUUAGCUGGCUGUGUUAUGGUAGAUGGAGCGAAGAGAGAAGCUCAAUUGAUCUCAAUGUGUACUGGAAGCUAUGCCGGACCUCAGAUUUAUAACAAUGGAGAGGAUGUGAGGGAUUGUGAUGCUUUAGUGCUUUGUAAAAGAGGUCUUCAGAAGUAGGUUUUUUUGGGUUUGAAAAGUUUUUUUUGGACUUUAAAAUUUUUAAUUUUAUUGUUUUGGAUCGUGUUUUACAUAAGAAAUCUUUUCAGAUUUUUAAUGAAAGAAGUCUGUGUGUUUUACACAAAAGAAUCAGCUUCAAUCUUUUAUCAACAACAAGAAUCAGGCAAACUGGCUUUAAGACUAAACAUCUCUUUCCACAUGUACACCAACUACAACCCUCUACCAUCCGAACAAAGCAUAUCGUUAAGAACGAAACGAACAGUAGGAGCAAACAAAUUUGCACCAAGAAAGUUUGUGCCAUUGUCAAUGGUCACAGCUGAUAAGAUGUUGAAGUGGAAUGUGAUGGGAGUUCAAGGAGCCAUCUUGUCACAAUCAAUGGAUCCAGUCUUUAUCAGCAGUUUCAUUAUCAAUGCAAGGGCGGAUCACGAUGAGCUUUAUAAAAUGAUUUGUGGAAGAUAUCCGUCCAAGAAUGUUGAGGAUAGAAGGAUUAUCUGUCCUAAAAUUGUGGUUAUGCAGCCGGUAAGUAUUUUAGAGGGUUGAUUUUCUCAAUUUUGAAGCAAAAUGGGACCAUUAAAGCAAAUGGUACUGUUCUUAAGCAAAAUGGGCUCAUUAGGCCAAAUGGUAUUGAUUUGAGCAAUUUGGGUCUACGACAUUUUUCGAAAAUUAAAGACUAUUCUUAUAUAAAAUUAAGCAGUUUAUAACAUUUUUAAACUAAUGUUUUAGCAAGCUCCAUAUACUUUGGAUAUUGAACCAUAUUCACCUGGAGAACGGUACGCUGUAAUGUGGAACAUCACAAAUCCAGAAGACAUUGAAUUGGUGUCUUGUACAUCAGGUUACUGUUGGGAUGGGUAAGAUAAUAAAAUCAUUGUUAGACGGGUAAUUUUGGAAUGGGCAGGGUAAAAAUAAUUUUUUAUGGUUUAGGGGGUGGUUUUAUUUCAAUGUUUUUUACAUUGUGUUUCAUAAUUUGUUGAGUUAUUUUACUUUUUCUGUUAAAAAAUGAUUUUUUACUAUUUAUAUUGCUGUAGAAAUUUAUAUAUUGUUAUAGAACCCCAUCAAAGAUCUCAGACAUUGGUCUUUUGGAAGAAAUCAAAAACAUCUACACUAUUAUGGGUAUCGACAUUGGAAAUCCGACGUAUAACGACGUUAAAUACACCUUAAACACCAAAAACUACUUUUCGGCCAUGGACAGGGUUAAACAAGCCUUCAGAAGCUCACAAAUGGGCAAUUGGGUCGAGAAGACAAGACGAAUCGUCGAAAAUUAA